AUUCAACAUGAAUAUAUUAAAGUGUUUCUUAUCAUUUGUGUUUUUGCUGCUUUAUGUGGAAUAUAAUUUAGCAGUUGAUAGUGAAGUGGAUUGUAAAAAUCAAAGGGAAGACAUCCAGAAAGAAUUAGUUGAAUAUGAAGCUAAGAUUGAUCAGAUGGAGAAGCACAAUAAAAAAUCUACAAGCUAAUGGUGGAUGCUUUGAGAGAAAUGCGCUUCUCUAUCUGGCACUCACAGAAGACGAACUUGGAUGGGGGCUAACUAAAAUUCAUAAACUGAAGAGAACUAUCACGACACUUAAAGCUACGAAUAAUAUCGAUUGCAAAAUACAAAUGCGGAUCGAUGCAACUGAACGAAAUAGCUGUGUAUUUGGUAAUGUUAUUCAAACGAUACGUGUACCUGGUGCGGAACCCUUCCAGGUGCCCUGUGAUUCACAGUUGGGGGGAUGGACUGUCAUUCAACGCAGGAUGGAUGGCUCCGUGAGCUUUAAUCGAACAUGGGAGGAGUACAGAAAUGGAUUUGGUGACCUGCGCACCGAUUUCUGGCUCGGGCUAGAGAAACUUUAUCUGAUGAUGAAGUUUCAGUCCACACGAGCUCUACAUACAGCUGGAGGAUUACAAAAACGAAACAACGAUAUGCACCACUAUAGCAACUUUUUCAGUUGGGAAAUGAAGCACAAUCGUUACGAACUAUUAAGUUUGGGUGACUAUACACUGGAAAUGCUGGAAACGCACUCGACUACGGAGAUUGGGGUGGGAGGUGAAGGCUAAAGAAUAUGAAAUUCUCAACCCCAGAGCGGGAUAAUGAUAAA